CAACACCAGGACCAGUUGGGCACAGUAACAUUAUUGUCGGCUGCUCCAAUUCAGAGGCCGAGAACGGACACCUACCGAGGUCCUCUUUUGUUGCGGACAUUUUUAUGAGCGAUGGCGUGCUUCUGGGCUCCAGCCACCCGUGGGCACGCUGGUAGGUCGUAGUCGCACUUACCCCCUCAAUAUAUACCCCACAUUACGUAGGCAGUACCUUUUUUUCGUUUACCACUUUUACCACUUUUACCAAAGCUGUUUACUCUCUUCGAAAACACUUCAAUUUCUGCCCUCGGAGAUAUUUGGUUUUCAUCGAGACAGUACACCUCUUCACUCACCAACCAAUUGCACCAUCAUGGCUCCGGAAAGCUCGCAUUUCGAUACCCUCCAGCUCCAUGCGGGACAAGAACCAGAUCCGACCACCAAUGCCAGAGCUGUUCCAAUCUACGCAAGCACCGUAAGGAAAAAUCAAUUAACUUACUGGAUUCUCAGAAAACUGAUUCUCAAUCUUAGAGCUUUACUUUCAAUGAUUCCGCCCAUGGCGCCAGACUCUUUGGACUGAAGGAAUUCGGAAAUAUCUACAGUCGGAUCGGAAAUGUAUGCUACAUUUUCUAUUUCCUCACUAAAUAUAACACAACAAGGUUGAAAAGACUCUAAGAUUCUACUUCUACUUUUGUACUUCAAGCACUUCUUCGGGUAAAGAAACGGGGAUGGCAUCAGAUCCCAAGAUUAUGGACAUUCACUCAUUCGAGUUGAGAAGUUUGGCUGACGCGAGUUCUGAAAUGUUAGCCUACGGUCGAUGUCUUCGAGAAGCGAAUUGCGGCCCUCGAAGGUGGUGUAGCAGCAGUUGCAUCAAGUUCUGGCCAAGCAGCCCAAUUUAUGGUCAUUGCAGCCCUAGCACACGCAGGAGACAACAUUGUUUCGACCACGAACUUAUAUGGAGGUACAUAUAACCAGCUAAAGGUUUUCCUUCCAAGACUAGGCAUAAACACCAAAUUCAUCAAGGGAGACAACCCGGAAGACUUUGCCAAGGCUAUCGACGAAAAGACGAAGGCGGUAUACAUCGAGAGUAUUGGAAAUCCCAAAUACAAUAUUCCGGAUUUUGAGGCAAUUGCAAAAGUUGCCCAUGAUGCUGGAGUUCCGCUUGUUGUACGUUUUCAUCAAUAUUUUUAGGUAUCACAGCACUAAUCAUUUCAGGUUGACAACACAUUUGGAGCAGGAGGUUAUUUUGUCCGUCCAAUCGACCAUGGCGCUGAUAUCGUCGUCCAUUCAGCCACAAAAUGGAUCGGAGGACAUGGUACCACGAUUGGAGGUGUCGUUGUAGAUGCAGGUAAAUUCGACUGGGGCAAGCACGGAAAGAGAUUCCCAGAAAUGGUUGAAGAAUCGCCCGGCUAUCACGGUCUGAAGUUCUGGGAUACUUUCGGUCCAAUUACGUUCGCCACCCGUCUUCGUGUAGAAAUCCUCCGUGACCUGGGCAGUGCUCUAAAUCCAUUUGGUGCCUUCCAACUGAUCCAAGGAAUCGAAACUCUUUCCCUCCGCGCAGAACGUCAUGCUCAGAAUGCCUUAGCAUUGGCAAAAUGGUUGCAGGACAAUCCACAUGUUGCAUGGGUUUCCUACCCAGGUCUAGAAAGCCAUCCUUCUCACACUCUCGCCAAGAAAUAUCUCAAGCGCGGCUUCGGUGGUGUUCUAAGCUUCGGGGUUAAAGGCGGUGGAGCGGCUGGAAGUCAAGUUGUCGAUGGCUUCAAACUUAUUUCUAAUCUUGCGAACGUGGGAGACUUGAAGACUUUGGCUAUUCAUCCUUGGUCGACGACUCAUGAACAGCUUUCGGAAGAGGAGAGACAUGCUAGUGGUGUCACGGAGGAUCUUAUUCGGAUCUCAGUUGGUACGGAGUUUAUUGGUGAUAUCAUUGGUGAUUUCGAGCAGAGUUUUGAGGCGGCUAAGGCGGCUAAGACGAAUGGUGGUAAGGAGGGGAAUGCGUUGGAGACUGGGGGUGUGGAUACGGAUGCGAAAAUGGUUGUUUAGAGUUCCCAACCUUCGUUGGGGAAGUUGCUUGGGCAUUUUGAAUGGAUUCGUUCUUGCGGUCUUUUUGGGGCAAUUUACUUUGCGAGUUUCGUUCUUUGUAAUACCUUCUUGCGGCUUGUUGGUGGAUGAGACUUUUCUCGCGAUAUGGGAGAGAGAGAUAGAGAGGAGAUGUAAAAUACAUAAGGACUCUAAGAUGAGAUGAUAGCAAUGAGAUGAAGAUUUAAUAAGU